AUGAGCGAGCGCGAGGCGCGCGACUUCAUGAGCACGGUCGAUUCCUUUGCGCAGCUUCCCUUCAUCCGCCAGGCCGCUCCGAGAUCUGCAGCCGCCAGCAACGCUUCGGCCAUCCGCCUCUUCGGCAUCGAAGUCCCUCACUGUCAGAACGCCAAAGAAGACAUCACCAAAGACCACGCCACCGUCGCUGCCGCCGCCUCCGCCGCCACGUCCGUCAACGGUGAGAGCGUGCGCAAGUUCGAGUGCCACUACUGCCGCCGGCAAUUCCCGACCUCGCAAGCCCUAGGCGGGCACCAAAACGCCCACAAGCGCGAGCGCCAGAACGCGAAGCGGGCUCACUUCCAGGCCCACCUCAGCCCUAUGGCCAUCGACGGCCGCCACCACGUCUUCGAUCUCUUUAGCUUUCACCGCCAGUACCCCCCUCCUCCGUGGCACCACCAUGCAAGUGCUUUCUUCGCCGGAAUCGGUGCGGUGGGCCAGCCCAUCAGCAGCAGCCCGCUGCCGGCGAUCUUGCGCGCUCACGGCGGGGUGCCCCACGUGGAGUCGCGGAUGCCGGCGGUGCCACUGAUAAUGAGAGGAUCAGGAGAUCGAACGGAGUCGAGCGGCGGAGGCGGCCAUGGCAUUGUAAAUGGUAACAGUUUAACUGCUGUAGCAUCUUCGCCUUCUUCUGCGCCUCCCAGAUCCCAAAUCGGGUUCCAAUUCAUGCCAACUGCCAAGGAGAACGUGAGUUUGGAUUUACGCCUGUGA